CUUGGGGGCCAGCAUGCUGAGAGCCCUCCUCCUUCUCCUGGAUGUUGGAGCAGCUCAAGUGUUCGCAACGGGCCAGCCUGCUGGGGCCGAAAUUGAUAUCGAAUACGCCAUCACUGGGAUUGCUGUGGGCUUCGCCAUAUCGGCCAGCUUCCUGGCCCUGAAGAUCUGCACGAUCAGGAAGCCCUUGUUUGAUAAUGAUUCCUCCGAACAGAGAAGCACUAACGUGGGCUUCAAUGACAGCAUCGAGCUAAAGAAGAGAACUCCAAGGUAA